AUGAUAUACUAUACUGUGCGAUAUGCAUCCUCUCUUGGCUGUGCUGUGCUCUGUGUGCUGUGCUCUGUGUGUGUGCUGUGCUCUGUGUGUGUGCUGUGCUCUGUGUGUGUGCUGUGCUCUGUGUGUGUGCUGUGCUCUGUGUGUGCUGUGCUCUGUGUGUGUGCUGUGCUCUGUGUGUGUGCUGUGCUCUGUGUGUGUGCUGUGCUCUGUGUGUGUGCUGUGCUCUGUGUGUGUGCUGUGCUCUGUGUGUGUGCUGUGCUCUGUGUGUGUGCUGUGCUCUGUGUGUGUGCUGUGCUCUGUGUGUGUGCUGUGCUCUGUGUGUGUGCUGUGCUCUGUGUGUGUGCUGUGCUCUGUGUGUGUGCUGUGCUCUGUGUGUGUGCUGUGCUCUGUGUGUGUGUGCAGCCGUCUGUUACCGGGCACGUGGUGCACGUGGUGGGACCCAAUAUGAACCCCCGCCGCCCCAACUGCCUGGAUGGUGACUAUAACGAGGGGGAGAGGCUGCUCAGGUCCGCGUAUGGGGCGCUCUUUAGAGAGUUCCGCCUGCUGGCCAAGGGGGGAGAGGAGGGGCGCGCGGAGAGGGGGGGCGGAGUGGAGGAGGGAGUGGGGAGAGAGAGGGCGAGGGAGCGGGGCGGAGAGGGGUUGAGAGGGAUGGAACGGGAUAUGGAAGGGAGGGGAGGUUGGGGGGUUGUGGGGGAAGGUUCGGUUGGAAAAGUGGGAUUGGGUGCAGCUGAGGGUGGGAUGAGGGGAGAAGGGAGGAGGGGGGUGGAGGAGGCACGUGCUGGGCUAGCAGGGACGAAGGUUAGAGAGUGUGUGGGAGGAGAAGAGAGAGGAAGGGAGGAGAGAGACGAGGGUGGGUCAUGGGAGGAUGGGGUGGGUGGCCGAGUGGGGAUGAGGGGAAGGGGGAGCGGUGCUGGGGGUGAUAAUGGGAAGGGGAAGAGGAAAGCUCGUGAUGAUGAUGAGGAGGGGAAGAUGGGAGGUGAGGGGGAGGGGUGUGAAAGAGACGAGGGCAACAAGAGGAGAGCAGUGGGUAGGCGGAGAAGGGGCGAGGAGGGGGAAGGUGAGAGGGAAGGCGAGGGGAGUAGGGAGAUUGAAGGGAAGGAGAUUGGGGAAGAGAUGGAGGAUGAGAGGCAAGGGGAGGAGGGGGUUGGAGGAGAACAGAGAACGGGAGGUGAAACAUCAGGAGGGGAGGCUAGGCAGCAGCAGCAGAAGCAGCAGCAGCAAGGCAGGGAGGUGUCAUGCGUGGGGAGGGGGGGUGAAUCUGCAAGGGAUGCCUUUGCGGUGCUGAUGGGGAGGGGCAGGAAGAGGAAGGGCGGUCACCAGGUUAAGGUUGAUGCCGAGGCUGCUUCAGACGUGCUUCCCGAUGCUAAGCAGCAGGCACGGGAUGCGGAAAUGACCACUGGCAUUGGCACGGUUGCCCCUCUUCCUCCCACCGCUGCUCCUAUGGUGCAAGAGAUUCGCAUGCCUACAGGGGAUGGUGGUGAUGGUGGUGGUGGUGGCGCUGCUGCUGCUGCUGCUGCUGCUGCUGCCCCUGCUUCUGCUGCACAGGUGAAAGCAGCAGCAGCAGCAGCAGGAAAGAGAGGGGCAACAGCAGCGGAGGCACGAGCAGAGGCAGACGCACGAGCAGUAGCUUUGGCAAGAGCAGUGGCAGAAGCAGCGGGAAAAGAAGCCUUUGACCCAGCAGGCAGGCCGGAAGGCGCCAUGAUAGCCCAGGCUCCCUCUCCCACCACCGUUAUCUCAGCAGCUGCGGCGGCGGCUGCUGUGGCGACAGGUGCUACCAGUGAAGGCUGGGGGGUUGGGGGGUCGUAUGGGAGAGGGAGUAUGAGGAGGGAAGGGCGUAGCGAUCAUAGGGAGAGGGAAGUGAGACGAAGGGAAGGUGAUGGGAGUGAGUUGGGGGUUCGAAUGGGUGCUGAGGAGUUGGCUAGGGUAGGGAUGGGGGCGGAUGGGGGAGAUGAUGCUGUUCGUGCCUAUGAGGGAGAGGAGGUAGAGGGGGAUGCUCGUGGGUUGAAUCGAAGGGGUGCUGAUCACGCUCAUGCUCAGUCGUAUGGUGCCGCCGCCGCCGCUGCUGCCGGUGCUGCGGUUGUUGGUGGUGCCAGCAGAAAUGACGAUAUGGCACCACUUGUGGCAGGACCAGCAGCAGCAGAAGAUGUGCCAAGUGCUGCUGAUUCCCCACCAGCGGCUCAGGUGCCCUCUGUGGAUCUCCAGGUGGUAACAACAGAGCGCCAGGUGCCUCUAGCAGAAGCUCAGGUGCCAUUAGCUUCAGCAGGACACUUCACUACACCACCAAGACACGCCUUAGGACCAACAUCAGUCUCCCGCCACCAGCCCUCCAGAGCCCAGGAUGGGGCGCAGGCUUGGGCCCAGCCAGGAGCCGAGGCUCGGGCCGAUGCUGGAGCUCAGGUUACGGGCCAGGCUGGGGGGGGAAGGGAGACUGAGGCAGCAGCACCCUCACGGCCAAUCUCAGCCCCUUCUCCUCCUCCCCGCCCUCCCCUUCCCCGUGCUCCUGGGGAGCUGGACCGGGCAGGAAUUGCAGGCAGGCAGGCAGCAGGAGAGGCGCGGCUGGGCAACGUAGGUGGGGGGGCAGGGGAGCAACCCCUUGGCGUGUGGGUGGGCCGGGGGAGGGCAGCAUUUCGACCGAAUCUUGAUAGGGUGGCAGAGGAAGAGGGACGAGAAGGGGGGAUGGACAGGGGCGGUAAUGGGGGGAAUGGCGGAUAUGGGGGGGAUCGGGGAGAGAUGCUUCCUCAGCGAAGGGGUUUGGAGGAGGGGAGAGGAGGAGCAGGGAGUGGAGGAGGGGGGGGAGGCGGGGGAGGGGGAGGCGGCAAGCGCAAGGAGGGGCAUUGGGGGGCGGAAGGUUCCUGGAAGCACGCGCUGAGGGACAUUGCAAUGCGGCCUGAGAGGCACGGCGAUGUGGUGCUGUUUGCUGAUGCCUCUGUCGUGGUCAUCCGCGAUAAGUACCCCAAGGCCCGGCACCAUCUGCUGGUAAUCGCACGAACGGACAGUGUGGAUCGCAUCAUCGACGCCACAGCAGCGGAUCUGCCUCUGCUGCGCCACAUGCUGGCAGUCGGGCAGCUCUGGGCGGCACACUCCGUCUCACCCUCCUCCUCCUCCAACCCCACUCUUGGAUCUGGCAAUGUACCCAAUCUGACUCCUGCCUCUCGCGCUGCACUACCACAAGACAACUUGCCACAGAAGCCACCUGAAAAUUCUCCUGGUACUCUGCUUCCAGGAGCCUCAGGUGCUGCUUCUGGUGAUCGGCCAGCGGGGGAUCCAGGCAGUGAAGGCGAGCAUAUCAGGGAGAAGGCUGUGGCUGGGAAGGGAGGGCUGGGUGUGACUAUAACGAGGGGCCCAGGGCCAGGUGUGACAACAGCGGGGUCAUCACCUCCUCAGCCUCUGCGCUUCCGAUUCGGCUUCCACCAGGUGCCGUCCAUGCAUCAGCUGCAUCUGCACGCCAUAAGCCAGGACCUCGACUCGCCCCAUCUGAAGCACAAGAAGCAUUGGAAUUCCUUCGCUUCGCCCUUCUUCCGGGAUGCCCUUCAGAUAGAGCAGCACGGCCAUGUGCUGCCGGCUCUGCCGACCACCCACAUCUCCUCGUCUGUAGCCGGACAGAACCUUUUCCCGGGCUCAGGUGAAACCUCCCCCAGGGCUCCCCCCGUUACUCCAGAGGCAGGGGUGGGAAAAGGGAGCGUUGCAGCUGUAGCAGAGGGUGCAGCUGUAGCAGCAGCAGAGGCAUUGGGUGGGCUGGCAAUAGCAGGUGAUGGAGAGGGUAAGAGUGGAGACAGGGUGGUGGGUGAGGAAUCUCGAACGGCUGUAGCUGGUGGUGCUGUAGCAGGUAGUGAUGUUGCAGCACGAUCACGGAUCAAUGCUGAAGGGCGUGGUAAAUCGAAGUCAUAA